AUGGAUUCACAUUCACCCGAUUUCUCGAAUUCGUCCUCCAACGACCUGAACAAUGCCGGCAAGAUUGCCGUCGGCAUAUGCUCAACAAUUGCAGCCAUGGCUGUGAUAUUCGUGAUUUGGUGCCUACGAAGAAGAAAGCGGAGUGCAAAGGGUUACAUGCAGACGCCGCCGCCCAUGACCAGGGCUUUCAAGGCUCACUACCAGGAGCCCAGCGACUCUCACGCAUCCUUGAUCACGACCACGACCACGCCGCCGCCGCCGCCGCCGCCUCCACCACCACCAGCAGCCACAGCCUCCGGAGCCAAAUCGCCACAACCCCUGACACCGCCAAUGCGUCUGAGCGACCGCAGAUUCCUCCCGUCUGUCUCCAGCCCUGCUUCCAUACGAUCAUCCUCGGCACCUCCAUACUCCAGUCAGCCCGACCUGGUCAUUCCAGAGCAUCCAGCGUUUCCCUCCUCCACGCACAGGAACUCGCCUCCCUAUUGCCAUCAUGAGACGACUUCAAGCAUGGAGGAAAAGAAUACCCAGAUUUACAACAGCCACAACAUCAACAUACCUAGGAGUAGUCUCAGCUCGGGCGGUACAGCCAGUACCACCGGCUCUGAGACCACGCUGACCUCCCCAUCAUCCCCGUCCCGGCCGAGACGCCCUCACGAGACGCCGCUGCUGGUACCGGGCUUGAUCACCCCGGCCGGGCCGCCCCCCGAGCGCGCACUUCCUGCUGCACCUCUUCUGCCUCAACAGCAGCAGCAGCAGCAGCUGGUGCUCGCCUCCUCGCCACUACUCAAGUCAUCAUCACGAUCGCCCGCGUCUUCCUCCCCCGUCGCCCCUGUAUCCCCCCUAUCCCCCACGUCUCCGUCCAUGCAAACGACAUUGGCCAGGUCCGUCAGUCCCGUGCCGUCGCCGGGAGAAAUCGGGCUGGCCAUUGGUACGGCCCAGGAUGACGGCGUGUCCGCGCCAUCGCAAGUCCAUCAUGCUCGUGGGAGAGGAAACCGGGGCACCCAAGACAGUGGCUGGGGUAUUUGGAUGGGCGGUAGUGGGAACAAGGACAAUAAAGACGGUGAUGCCACUAUGCAACGACAGCAAGAACAAGCAGGCUCUACUGAACAUUCGCUGCGUCUGGCAGAUAGGAAAAAUGAUCAGAUUGGUGUGGACAUCGUUUUGCGAGAACUGGAAAUGGCUAAGUUAUCGGGCAGCUGUUAA